AUGGCGGGUCUUGCGCACUUGAUAGCCGUCUUGGCUGCGCUUGCCUGCCUGGCAGCAGCUGCCACCGUCAACUACGAUUUCAACGUCACCUGGGUGAGGGCUAAUCCCGACAACGCAUUCGAGCGACCAGUCAUAGGCAUCAAUGGCAAAUGGCCCAUUCCGACCAUCCAGUGCAGCGUAGGUGACCGCCUGGUCAUCAAGCUGAACAACCAGCUCGGCAAUCAGUCCACCUCUCUGCACUUCCAUGGCCUGUUCCAAAACGGAACAAAUCAAAUGGAUGGCCCUUCCGGGGUGACGCAGUGCUCCGUACCGCCGGGGCUUUCCAUCACUUACAACUUUACCGUCAGCCAACCUGGAACGUACUGGUAUCACUCUCACAACGACGGACAGUAUCCCGACGGCCUCCGUGGGCCAGUCAUUGUCCACGACCCAGAGUUCCCCUACCGGAAGGAGGUGGAUGAGGAGUUUGUACUGACCCUUUCGGACUGGUAUCAUGACCAAAUCCAGCAUCUCAUCCCUCGCUUUAUGAGCAAGACUAACCCAACUGGCGCCGAACCCGUUCCCAAUGCUGCCCUCAUGAAUGAUACGCAAAACGUAACCGUCCCGGUCCAACCAGGUAAGACGUACCAUUUCCGCGUCAUCAACAUGGGCGCCUUUGCCGGCCAGUAUCUCUGGUUCGAGGGCCACAAGAUGCGCAUUGUUGAGGUAGACGGCGUGUAUACCAAGGCUGCUGAGGCCGAUAUGGUCUACAUUUCUGCUGCUCAGCGAGUGGGAUUUCUCCUGACGACCAAGAACGACACGAAUGCCAACUUUCCCUUUGUCGCAAGCAUGGAUACGACACUCUUUGACAAGCUGCCAGCUGACCUCAACUACAACUCCACCGGUUGGCUCAGCUACGACAAGAGCAAAGAAAACCCAGCUCCAGCCCCUGUCUACGAUCUCACUCCCUUUGACGACGUCACUCUCGAGGCCUACGACGGCAUGGAACUCCUCCCGGAACCAGACCACAACGUCCAACUCGACGUCAUCAUGAACAACCUCGGCAAUGGCGCCAACUACGCCUUCUUCAACAACAUCACCUACACGUUUCCCAAGGUCCCUACACUGUACAGCGUCCUUAGCUCGGGCAACAUGGCCACCGAUCCGGCCGUGUACGGCGAAUACACCCACCCGUUUGUCCUGAAAAAGAACGAAAUCGUGCAAAUCGUCGUCAACAACCUCGACACGGGCCGCCAUCCGUUUCAUUUACACGGCCACAACUUCCAAGCCAUCUAUCGCUCAAACGAGUCCGCGGGCACCUGGGAGGACGGAGGCGGCGCCAGCGGAAAGACUUUUCCCAAAGUCCCCAUGAGACGUGACACCAUGGUCCUCUACCCCACCGGCAACAUGGUAUUGCGAUUCAAGGCCGACAACCCCGGCGUGUGGCUUUUCCACUGCCACAUCGAAUGGCACGUCAUCUCCGGCCUCAUGGCCACCUUUGUUGAAGCACCGUUGGAGCUGCAAAAGACGCUGUCCAUUCCGCCCGAUCAUCUGGCAGCUUGCAAGGCUCAGAGCGUCGCCACGCAGGGAAACGCUGCCGGCAACACGGAGAACCUUGCCGAUCUGUCCGGGCAGAAUACGCCCCCUGACGACCUCCCCGAAGGUUUCACCAAGCGAGGAAUAAUCGCAUUCGUAUUCAGCUGCAUAACUGGCAUCCUCGGCAUCAUAGUAAUAGCUUGGUACGGCAUGUCCCAGCCCGUUGAGGCGGCUCCCAGGUCUGUCGCCGCUCUUGUGCAGGAAUAUGCCGACUGA